AAUUCAAAAUCUAACAUAUACGAGAUGAAUACAAAAGCGGUGGUACUUGUUGCUUUAUUGGCUGCGUUACUGAUACAAGACACCCAAGGUUGGGGCUGGGUGAAAAAAACAGUCAGAACCGUACAUCGUGUGUGGAAAAAAUAUCCCAUUGUCAGAUACGCAGUUAAAGGAGCAGCGGUGGCGACUGGAUUCUGGGAUGGAAUCAAAACGCUAAGAAAUAUGGACGAAGCAGAACUUAGAAAGGCAAUGUCCAAAAUGGAAAAUGAUUUAUCAGAGGAGCUGAGCGAUGACACAGUUGCAGAUUUCAUGCAAGCAAUUGAGGAAAUUGUCAACUUGUCUGACGGUGAACUUCAACACGUGCAAAAGAUGGAAUCCAAUACACAAGAUGAAGACAGCGCUGACGUAGAAAUAAUGUUGGAUUCUCUGCAACGUCACACAUCACAUUAAUCGAUUCUCCAAUAAAGUAUAAUUCAGUGAUGGCAAAACUGAUUGAAAUCAAUUCUAUCCAAUUGCCACGAUUAUGCAACGACGACAUUUUGCUCAUUCAAGGCUUCCUAUAAUUUUCUUUAUUUUUCCAACAAUACCCAGAUAGGAAUAUGUUUCAUAAGAACUUAUACUCAAGACAGUUAAUUUGACGUAUCGCCACACCAUCGCUGUACUGGGGUCAUCUCUCAUGCAAAAUAUAUCGUAAACAUAGAAUAUCAGUUUCUUUAUUAUUAUUGCAGAACACAGGGGUGUGUAGGUAUGCAAACUGCGGCCUCGAAAAAAUGUUGAAAUUGGCUCUUAUAGGCGCUAUGCUCUUUUACAGACUGAAACAAUAUCAUACAAAAACUUUAAAUGAAAACGAAAAAUACCAUAAAUUUCAUUUUGAUAGUGCCGUGAGAAGUAAAACAUACU